AUGGCACCAGACAAUCUUUCUCUUGCUGGCAAGGUUGCUAUUAUCACGGGUUCCGGUCGUGAAAAUGGUAUAGGAGGCAAGAUUGCUAGGACGCUUGCUCUCAAUGGUGCUGCUGUCACCAUAAACUAUGUUUCUGAGAAAUCAACUUCUCGUGCAGAAGAAGUUGCUCAAUCGAUCCGUGAUCUGGGUGCUCGGGUGGCUAUCAUAAGAGGUAGCAUUGAAACUCAAGAAGGGGCCUCCAAGAUUGUGUCUGAUACAUUGGAGGCUUUUGGUGUCGACCAUGUCGAUAUCCUAGUGAACAAUGCCGGGGUUGGGAGCGUCCAUUUCCUGACUGAAAUGACCCCAGAGCAUCUCCAGAAUCAUUUCGGUAUUAAUGUGUUUGGAACUCUCUUCAUGACACAGGCAGUUGUUACUUUAGGAAAUAUGCCUCGUGGUGGUCGGAUCGUCAAUAUUGGAUCUUGUGCGUCAAAGAUGGGUGUAGGAGAUGGUAUGGGCGUGUACGGUGCGACAAAAGCAGCAACGGAUUACCUUUCUGCAUCAUGGGCCUGGGAGCUCGGGCGCAGCCGCGGGAUCACCAUCAACAGUAUUGGACCCGGUCCUGUUGAUACUGAUAUAAUUGGCGAUGGUGUUGCACAUGUGACAGACCCGUCAAUUCAUAAAGAUCUAUUCAUCACUCCAUUUGUCAAUCUCACCAGGGCUGAAGAGCGUGUGGGGACAACUGAUGACGUUGCUGAUGCCGUCCUUCUACUCGUCAAUGAGAAGAGCCGUUGGAUUACCGGUCAAUUCAUCUCAGUGAGCGGAGGUAUCAAUGUCAUGUAG